AGAUAUCAAGUUGGUACGGAGUACUCCGUAGAUAACAAUAAGCAUCAUGAUCAUCUUCAGUCGAAAUAAGCCAGUUUGAUAAUUCUCUUCACCUGCUAAGUUGUUAUUAUACCCUCUAUUUUGUGUUUUAUUUGCUGGUUCUAAAUCAUCAUCUUACUUGACUUUCAUUUAAUUCGGAGGACCGUUGUUGCCGAUUUGCUAUAACACUUGAUCUUCACCAUCAGCCGCCAGCUUCAAAUUAUGCAGACUAAUACACCUGACCUUGAAGUUGCAAAUGGCUCGAACUUAGUGGCAGCCUUCCAUCUCGCACAGAGAGCGCCACUGAUUCUUCGAAGACAAGGGAACAUGAUUCCUCAUACCUCGGUAAACAGUGGGAAGAAUCCCGAGGAUUACGGCGUCAUAGAGCAACUGUUAUUCUCUUGCUUACAAUCUGGGGACGACAAAUCUGCCUUACUAUGUACCGAGGAACUAGCGGCUCGGUUUGGUGUCACAGAUGAGAAAGUAACCGGAUUGAGGGGGUUAUAUGAAGAGGCAACUGCGGAGAAUCGACCUACUCUUGAAAAGUGCUUGCAGAAAUAUGACCUUAUGCUUUCCGAGAACCCUGUUAAUCUGCCUAUUUUAAAGCGUCGUGUUGCGCUUCUUCGUUCGCUUUCCAGACCAGCAGACGCCAUUUCCAGUCUAAUUAACCUCCUAGAUGCCGUUCCAACAGAUGCGGAGGCUUGGUGUGAACUUGCAGAUUUAUAUUAUUCUCAGGGAAUGAGCUCACAGGCGGCUUUUUGCCUUGAGGAGGCGCUGUUGAUCGUACCCAACGCUUGGAAUAUUCAUGCCUUUCUCGGCGAAAUCUUGUAUUCAAAUGCGCUUUCCUCUGACGGGGAGGAUUCUUUCUCACUUUUAGAGGGGUCCAUACACCGUUUUUGUCGGAGCAUAGAGCUCUGCACUGAUUAUCUUCGGGGGUUAUACGGCCUGAUCCUUGCUACAUUGCUCCUUAAAAAGAAUCAGCAUCUCGAUAAACAUUCUGAAGGACCAUCGGCGCAAACGAGAAGCCCGCUUACGAGCAAGAUUCUCGAUGAACUGACCAUUUUCGCAAGGGAAAGGCUCAAUGAAAUCGUGAAAAGCCGAACUUCUAACCAUCUCAUUUGGAAGGGUAACCAGGGCGAGCUAAUUGCGGCUAAGGAGCUCCUCGACCGGCUGGACAGUUCUACAUUGUAGGAGGCGUUGAUGUUUUCUUUCUCCUCAACCUGGGGUUAAAAUGCAGGAGCCAGGAAGAUACAAUAAUACCAUAAUCUACCUUUCACGUAAUCAAAUCGACCUGGUUUAUACCACUGCCAUUUGUUUUCUUAUAAAAACCAUCUUUAUUUUUUUCCUUUCCCCCAGCUUCCCUUUCCACUCU